GGAGUUGGGCCAAACGAAAAGGCUGCUAAAAAUUGGCUAACCACUCACACUCUUCCGUGGUUACUUAUCAUUAAUAAUGUUGAUGAAGAACAAAUUCAACUUCAAGACAUGCUACCGCCGGGAGAAAAGGGAUACAUAUUAAUCACAUCCCGCAACCCAGCCCAUAAGAGAUACGGUACCGUCGGCGAAAGAUACUUGGAACUGCAUCCCAUGGAGAAAACGGAGGCUAAUGAAUUUAUCCUCAAGGCAGCGGAGGAGCCGAGCCCAUGGUCCAAGGCAGUCAUGGACUACGCGACUACCAUUUGUGAUGCGUUGGGUUUCUUACCGUUAGCUUUAGUACAUGCAGCCAGGGCUAUUCUGGAAGGCAUUUCCGACUGGAAAGGAUAUCUGAAUACUUAUAACAAAUAUAUCAAUAAGAUCCGUCGUGAUUACCGCCAUCAAAACAGGAGUCGAUCGAACUCUAAGUCAUAUCUCGACAAAAGCAUGAACGUUUUCUCAUCCUACGAGAUCUUAUACGACUCGUUGAAAAAGCCGGAACAAGAGUUCCAGGAUGCAAUCGACCACUAUCCAUGA